AUGCUGGUCAUCAAGCCUCCACCAAGCCGAAUCAACACCCGAGAAAGAUUAUCAUGGAUGCGAACAUUGACAGAGAUGCAGGAGCAACUCCGUCGGAGUCUCAUCUACAUCACGAUGCAGAAAGCAAAGAUUCAUCAAAAUCGGCCGAUGAGUGGAAGCAAGUUGGAAAUAGACAUUUUUGUCAACAAGACUACCUACUUGCGAUCCAAUCGUUGGUCAAUCCUCAACUUCAUGGUCACUGCAGAGACUAACUUGAGCGAUAGAUAUUCACAGGCCUUGGAUUCGUCUCCAGCAAAGAAAGAGGAACAAACAAUCAAACUCAAUCGCUCGCUUGCCCAUAUCCAGCUUGGCUUAUUUGAUGCAGCCCUGGAAGAUCUGGGAGAUAUACCUAAAGCGCACAAGCUGUAUGAAAAGGCUCUGUACCGGAAGGCACUGGCCCUCUAUUCCCUUUCUCGGUACCAGGAAACAUGGAAUGUUCUCGCCUUAUGCUGCAAUGAAUACUCCAACAACGAGGCUGCAAAGGCUUUGCUUAUUCGAACCAUUGCCAGAGUCAAGGAAUUGACUUCGGGUAAAUAUGCAUUUGCUAAAAUGCAGCUACAAGUCUCUAAGUCUCUGAGAGCACCUUCCGACCAUGCAACCCACGUGGGUGCCAUUGCUAUGCGUUCCACGAAAUGUUGGGGCCGUGGCCUGUUUACCACCAAAGAAAUAAAAGUCGGCGACCUACUAUUUUGCGAGAGAGCAUUUGAAUACCUGUGUCUACAUGCCGAUGAGAUCAAGAAGACACGCCCACCCACGAAUUCGGCAAUAAUCAGCGCAGAAAGGGAGCUUAGUUCUCGAAUUUUCCAAAAGGUGUCCCAGAACCCGUCCUUGACACCAUCGAUUAUCAACCUACAUCCCGGCAUAGAAAGCCCAACACGAGUCGUUGAUCGCAUUAAUCAUUCUACCAUGGAUAGAUCUCUCGCACAGAGGAUUACAUUUCUGAACUGCUUUGGUUCACCUUUAUCCGCUCAAAACUGCCAUAAAAAUCAAAUCCCAGGGCAUUUUCUUUGUUGGGAGCUAGAAUCGUGCGGAUUGUGGCCUACAGCAUCAUUACUCAAUCACUCCUGCUACCCCAAUGCAUGGCGUAGUUUCAUUGGAGAUAUGAUGAUCCUACGAGCAAUCAGAGAUAUUCCGAGGCAUACCGAGCUUACCGUGUUUUAUGUACAGCCAGUUGAUGAUUGCAGAACAAAAGAUCGAGACUUCCAGCACUGGGGGUUUGCCUGCAGUUGCAUCAUAUGCCAAGACAUUCGGGAUACGAAGAAGACCACCAUUAAGGAAAGGAAACUCUUGAAGGAUUCACUGUGGUGGUACUUGAACACAUCAAGAGUCCCAGAUGGAGAGAGAGUCAAGAGAGAGAUAGGGAAGCUUGAAAGGACAUACCUGAAGCCAAGUUCUAAAGUCCCACGACUCAGUAUUUGGAGAUUUCAUCUGGCUCUUACAGAGAUAUAUGUUCUGCAGGCUAAGCCUAUCAAAGUCAUUAGCUCGGCUCUUAGCUGCCUUGAAUCACUGGGUUAUGUCAUUCUUGGUGGAAGGCUGCCUCUGGUACCAGGUACGCCGAUCAUUGUCAAAGAGUGGGGCUUGCUCUAUGACAAUCUUGUUCGUUGUUGGAUGGUUCUGUCUUAUGCAUAUAAUGCAGUUGCCCCAGAUCUAGAACUUCAGGCAAGGAAAUAUGCGAAACUGACGUACAAAAUCUGUGUUGGCGAGGAUGAGACAUUCGAGGAGACUUAUGGGAAUGGAGGUGCCCAAUCCGAAGCUCAAGCUCAUAUGAAAGUCAGUGUGUCUUAG